GAGAGUCGAGUCCUCGUCUCGGCCAAACAAAACACUCGAACAAGAGUCUCUCAGCCACGGAGUCGAUGGGGUCUCGUCCUCGCGUCGCCUUCCUCCACCACCACCACCACCACCACCACCACCUCCUCGCCGUCGCCGUCGUCCUCCUCCUCCUCGCGCGCGGCGCCGAGCCGAUCGCCGCCGGCGGUGGCGCCGCCGGCCGGCACCUGACGACGGAGGAGCGGUGGAUGGACCAGCGCCUCGACCACUUCUCCCCCACCGACCACCGCCAGUUCAAGCAGCGGUACUACGAGUUCGCCGACUACCACGCCGGCGGCGGCCCGGUGUUCCUGCGCAUCUGCGGCGAGUCCUCCUGCAACGGCAUCCCCAACGACUACCUGGCCGUCCUUUCCAAGAAGUUCGGCGCCGCCGUGGUGACGCCGGAGCACCGGUACUACGGCAAGAGCUCCCCGUUCGAGAGCCUCACCACGGAGAACCUGAGGUUCCUGUCGUCCAAGCAGGCACUGUUCGACCUGGUCGCCUUCCGCCAGCAUUACCAGGAAAUCUUGAAUGCUAGGUACAAUCGAUCAUCGGGGUUUGACAAUCCUUGGUUCGUCUUCGGGGUAUCGUACUCGGGUGCUCUUAGUGCAUGGUUCAGGCUCAAGUUCCCUCACUUGACAUGUGGAAGCCUUGCGAGCUCAGGGGUGGUGCUUGCUGUGUACAAUUUCACUGACUUUGACAAGCAGGUAGGGGAUUCAGCUGGCCCUGAAUGCAAAGCUGCCCUUCAGGAGGUAACUAGACUUGUCGAUGAACAGCUUCGGUUGGACAGCCGCUCUGUGAAGGUUUUAUUUGGAGCAGAGAAGUUGAAAAAUGAUGGUGAUUUCCUGUUCUUCCUGGCAGAUGCGGCGGCCAUAGGAUUCCAAUAUGGGAGUCCUGAUGCUGUAUGCUCCCCUCUAAUCAAUGCGAAGAAGACCGGGAGAAGUUUGGUGGAAACAUAUGCUCAGUAUGUGCAAGAUUUUUUCAUUAGAAGAUGGGGGACAACUGUAUCUUCAUAUGAUCAGGAAUACUUGAAGAAUACGACUCCUGAUGAUACUAGUUCUAGACUUUGGUGGUUCCAAGUUUGCAGUGAGGUUGCCUAUUUUCAAGUGGCACCCAAAAACGAUAGCAUUCGCUCUACAGAGAUCAAUACAGGGUACCAUUUGGACCUAUGCAGAAAUGUCUUUGGUGAAGGUGUUUAUCCUGAUGUGUUCAUGACAAACUUGUAUUACGGAGGCACAAGAAUUGCUGCUUCUAAAAUAGUGUUCACAAAUGGCUCUCAAGAUCCAUGGCGCCAUGCCUCGAAACAGAAAUCGUCGAAAUAUAUGCCAUCAUACAUAAUCAAAUGUAGAAAUUGCGGACAUGGCACUGAUCUGAGAGGAUGCCCCCAACUCCCUUUCAGGAUUGAAGGUGACCCUUCAAAUUGCUCAUCCCCGGCAGCCGUGAGCACAGUGAGGAAGCAGAUCGCCAGCCACAUCAGCUUGUGGCUAUCACAAUGCCAAGAACCAACAAGGGCAUGGUGAUGAUGACUCGGGAGUCGGGGCUACAAUAAACACAGUUACACAGACCAAUCUACGGUAUCCAUUGAUCUACUCUAGUACAAUUAAGGUGGUGUUUGAAUGUCCUGAAGAUGAAGGUUAAGUUUUUCACGCAAAACGAGGUGGUAAUAACGUGUGAUUAAUUGAGUUUUAAUUAUUAUAAACUUGAAAAUUGGAUUAAUCUGAUAUUUUAGAACAACUUUCAUAUAGAAAGUUUUCGCACGAAACAUACCGUUUUGCAGUUUGAAAAGCAUGCCAUGAGUAUCCAAAAGUUAAUUCAACUUUUGUUGGAGAAAAUAACAGGGCCUAAAUUAAUAAUGGAUUUUAAUGGAUGAGAAGGAUUAAGAUGUGCAACACCGUCAAAGCUGUCGCCCGAGUGAACCAAAGCUUGCCGUCAGCGGCCUUGCAGUCUCGGGAGGUCGUUUCAGUUGCGUGGGCUUCUCUUUUGUCUGUAUCUCUCGUGCAAGGGCGGGCAUCUAGGAAAUGCUGCUGCCUAUUUUAACAUAGCCAUAAUUUAGUUUAUAUAGGCUGUGUUUAGUUCAGCGUAAAGUUUAGAUUUUGGUUGAAAUUAGAGAUGAUGUGACUGAAAAAUUGUGUGUGACAGGUUGAUAUGAUGGAAAAUGACUGAAGUUUGGAUCCAAACUUUGGAUCUAAACACAGCCAUAAUUAAUUAACCAUGGUAGUACACGGAAUAUUUCUCGAGCUCUUCCA